AAAUGGUAAAUUAAAUGUUGCUUUCUUAUCAGUUCCUCCUGUUUCUGUCCUCAGCAAUAAUAAUACCCAUGGAUUUCUCAGAUUUGCAUCAUGUGCAAAACUGCGCACAAAUGAGCAGAUUUAUUGGAAGAUGCACAGAGAACGAUGUGAUUUUUACCUGAAGGUGUAAAUCAGCUCCAUCUUUUCAGCCUCGUGACGCACGCGCGUGUAGGAGGGCAGAGAGAGUUUAUAAAUCAGCCAGGACGCAGGGAGGACGCACCAGUGCCCACUACUCCUCCUGAGCUGUGAUGUCUCAGCAGGAUCAGCUGGUUUUGACCCCAGAGGACAGCUCCCUCCUCAACGUAUCCAAGGCGUUAUGGGAUCCAUCCAUGGAGCAGCAGCAGUACAUCAUCUGGAUCCCUGGCAUCGGGAUCGCUGCCAUAUACGGGAUCAUCAUCAUCGUGGGUCUUGUGGGGAACGUGACUUUGAUGAAGACGUGUCUGCUGGUGAAGACGAUGCGCACGGUGCCAAACUUGUUCCUGUCCAGCCUGGCUCUGGGGGACCUGCUGCUGCUGGUCACCUGCGCCCCGGUGGACGCCAGCCGGUACCUGCUGGACGAGUGGCUCUUCGGCCGCGUCGGCUGCAAACUCAUCCCGUUCAUCCAGCUGACCUCAGUGGGAGUGUCGGUGUUCACCCUCACUGCGCUCUCGGCUGACCGGUACAAAGCUAUCGUCAAGCCACUGGAUAUCCACAGACCCAAUGCCACGCUCAGCAUCGGUCUACGUGUCGGAGCCAUCUGGCUCCUCUCUGUGAUGCUGGCCAUUCCUGAAGCCAUGUUCUCCGACCUGCACGCCUUCACCACCAGCCACACCAAUGAGACGUUUGUCACCUGCGCGCCUUACCCCCACGCUGGGGAGCUGCAUCCAAAGAUCCACUCCACCGCCUCCUUCCUCAUCUUCUACGUAAUCCCACUUCUCAUCAUAUCUGUUUACUACUGCUUCAUAGCUCGUAGUCUGGUCAGCAGCUCUGCAGACAUCUCUGCAGAGGGACACCUGCACCUUCAGAAACAGAUCAAGUCCAGGAAGCGUCUGGCCAAGACUGUGCUGGUGUUUGUGGGUUUGUUUGCAGUCUGCUGGCUCCCCAGUCACGUGAUCUACCUGUACCGCUCCUACCACUACGCCCAGGUGGACACAUCCCUGGCUCAUUUCAUCGCCAGCGUGUGCGCUCGCAUCUUGGCCUUCACCAACUCCUGCGUGAACCCGUUUGCUCUCUACCUGAUGAGCAAAAGGUUCAGCAAACACUUCAGACACCAGCUGAUGUGCUGCAGCUCUCCUAGAUGGCUCUACAGCCAAAACAGCGCCAGCACCAACGUGACCACCGUCUGAAGGGACCUUGUAACUUUUCAUCCAGUAAACUUCUGUGAAUUCUUGUCAGAUUCUUGCAUGAUGGUAACUUUCGUUGAGUUUGUUCCCUGCAGAUUUAAACAUGCCGUUUAUAAAACCUGUUACAAAACCUUUCUCUGGUGGAAAUGUUUUUUUUUUCUUUUUGUUGUGUUCAUAUUAUCUGACAUCUAAAUGUAAUAUAUAAAAAAGUCAUGUCAUGGUGGUAAACCUAAAGCCAUUUAGAUGUAGCAAUUAUGUGUUAUUAUAUGGUUUUAAGGGAAACUGAUCGCAGCUGCCAUUAGAAGUAGACAGACAUUAGUUUUUUAUGCGUUUUUGUUUCCUCCUUUAUAGCAGUAAUUAUUUAAGAAGCUUAGAGUGGAGCAAAGUUUCUCUCUGAUCUUCAAAUGUUUGACGAAUGUAAAAUAUUCAGCUGAACACAUAGCUGUCUUGUUCUUUGUAAACUGUAUGUAUGUGAUGAAUUACAUUAACAUGUUGCAGUAAUUAAAAAUGUGAUUUUAUUGAACGGUUGUGAUUUAGGCUUUGCUUCUCUAUGCUGCAGGUAUAAAUUAUUUCUCAAUAAAAUGAUUAUAAAGUAAGUUUUGCUUCAGGCUGAAUACUAAGUUUGAGUCAUUCAUAAAAAUGCGAGUCUUACAAAAGCCCCAAACAGAAAAAUCACCUGAAAAACGGCAAAACUACUUCACCUUCUAAGCAGUGGUGCUCCCAAGAGGUGGCCAGGGGGGCCACCCCUAAAAUAAAAUGCCCACACAGCACAACAGUAACAUUUAAAACAAGAACUGUUUGAAAUUUGGAAAAUUUUUCAGAAAUGUUUGUGUUUCUCUAAUUUGAGGUUAAUGUAUAUGCGUAUUUUUAAUGAAAAAAAAAAUGAAGGAACAAUGUAAUGAAACAGAGGCGUUUUACCCACACGCUCCUUUUCAAGUGGGAGUGAUUCUGAAAUAAAACAGGAACAAAAGCAUUCCACACAGCUGAUCCUCUGAGGUCACAAGAUCACAGGACAAUUGCCAAAUCACGCGAGAUUUUGGAAGUUACGAGCAAGGACAAAGACAGCAGCAUGUACUCACAAAUAGCUGUGGCUUAUUUUAUGUUCUGUUUAACAUAGACUACAGGGGUUUUAAUAGGAAAUUAUGGACGUUUACCUGCACGUGACUUUUAUUUAGAAAGUCUCGUCAUAUUUUGCACCGCUUUUUUGUUUGAAUUUCUGUCUGAGGAUUUUGAUAUGUUUCGGAAGUGUAGCCCAUAAAAAAUAGACUUGAAACAUACACUUUGCUGCCGGUGGAAGAAGAACCCUUCCAUUAUAACGACAGCUAAUUGCGACACUUUCUCGCCCGGUGGAAGGAAGCUUCAGUUACUACAGUGACCAAUUUGGUGUGACGCCCCAGAAAUUUCAUUGGCCCCUCAUGAAAUAUUUCUGGAUACACCACUGCUUCUAAGACCUUUCAUGCUGGAGCGUCUGCUUCCUUUUCACACUUCGUCAUUGCUAUAGCAGGUGGUUCCUGCGGGAAGUGCUACAGCUAGCUCCUGCUGCUACUUGAGCUCACAAGUUUUAUCUGAAAAUUGAUGAAACACAAAACUGUUGGUGAUGUAAAGAUUUCCAAACCACCUUUCAUAUAAGAUGCUAAAACAGCAUAUAGCUCAUUGAAUGUAGU